AUGCCACUUCCGCCCAUCAAACCACUCGUAUCCACCCAAACCAAUAAUAACAAUAAUAACAAUACUUCACCAACAACAAGUUCCAACCCAUCUUCUUCUCCAACUCCUUCUCAUCUCAACACUCCUGUCACAUCAUCCACAACUACUACUUUAAACAAUAACACAACAACAAACAUCAUGAACACUCCCUCGAGAAGUCCAAUCUCCAUUCCACCCGUUCCUCCUCCUCGAUCCAAACCACAAUCCACUCCUUCGAAUAUUCUCAAUAAUGGAUAUCGAAGAUUUAUCAUGAUGGAAGAAGAUGAUGAUCAAACUUCAUCAUCAAGUACAAAUACAACAACAAGUUCUUCCAGUAGUAGUGGAGGAGGAGGUCUUCUCUUGUCAAUGAAUAUUCAAACGCAAACUCUUGGAUCAUCAUCCAAUUUGAAUCAUCAAGAAAUGUCAGGACAUUUGAGUGCCAAUUUGGAAACGAUGCAAGAUUUAACUGAAGAUGACGAAGAAGAGAUGAUUAGUGUACUCGAUGAUGAUGAGUGUACUCUUGAUUCACAAGGUAGUUUGGAUAUGCAAGAAUUUACUUAUUUGGAAACUGGUAAAUUCGGAUCAGUCUCUGAGAGAAAGAGAUCAAAUUGUGAUUUGGAUAGUGUUGGUGAGAAUGUGUCGUCUUCCACUCCAGGAAGUGAAUCAUCGACUCCAAGAACUUGUCUUCCAAAAUUAAAUUUACAAACAACCAAGUCAAAAGAACAAUGUGUGGAAUGGUUAGCAAAAUCUCUUCCACAAUUAUUGAACAGAUAUCGAUUUAUUAAUUAUGUGAAAAGAGACCCAUCUCUCAAGAAGGCAAGAAAGAGACAAGAGUUGAUCAAAGAGACGGUUGACACUGAGAGAACCUAUGUACAGAAUAUGAAAUCAUUUCUUAACUUGUAUUAUCAACCACUUGUAGAAAACAGAGAUCAUGGAAAAGAUGUUUUAAAGACACAAUCUGACAUUCAAGUAUUGUUUAGUAAUAUUAAUCAAAUUCACACCAUCAAUCAAACGUUAUUGACAGAUUUGGAAAAUGCCAAUCCAGAAGUUAAAAUGAAAGAAGUGCUUGAUCCAACACAACCACUUGCAUCACCAUCCUCAGCUCCAGAGGCUGAAUCGAAUAUUACUGUCACAUCUCCAACACAACCACCAGCGAACAGUGUGGAAACUCCUCCUCCAUCCAUCACGUCACCUCGUGGAUUUGUGAUUAAGAGAAAGGACGAUCCAUUUGCUGUGAAAAACACAAAUACUUUGAAAUCCUAUCGAAUUUAUGAGAAUAUUGGAAAACCAUUCGAACAUUUGGUUCCAUUUUUGAAGACUUAUACGACUUAUAUUAAUAACCAUGAUCGAGCAACAGAGUUAUUUGAGAAUUUAAAGAAGAAGAAGAAGUUUAAAGAGUUUUUGUCAGAGUGUUAUCAAAUGCAAAAAGGCAUCAAGUCAGACUUUUGCAGUUUUCUAAUUUUGCCCAUUCAAAGAAUUCCUCGUUACAAAAUGUUACUCAGUGAAAUACUUUGUAACACUCCAGAGGAUCACGUAGAGUAUUUAUCACUUCAGAAUGCUGUGAAAGAAAUUGAAAAGAUUGCCUCUUACAUCAAUGAACAAAAGAGAAACUUUGAUAAUGUGAGAUACAUGUACGAAGUUUAUGGAAUGAUUGAUUCCAUUUAUCCUGGAUUUGUUCAACCCAAUAGAAAGUUCCUUAGAAAAGGUUCUCUUAACGUUCGUUAUAGACAAGUGAAAUGGCAACAACGAAAUUCAGUUUCUCUCUCUCCAGGCACAGUAGGUCCUUUCGAGAGUGGCAACAAGACCACCACAAGUACCACUCCUCCUCAAAGAGCUCUUCCAAGUGUUCCUCCUUCUCGUUCUCUUCCAAAAGUUCCACCUUCGAAAAGUCUUGACAACGCUUCUCAAAAUUCACCAUAUUCCAUGCUUGCACAAGUGACAGGAGGUCAAAAAAUUGCUCCUAAAAAUCUCUACACAGAAGGUCGAUUUACCAUUUACUUGUUUACAGACAUGUUAGUUCUCAUUGAAGAAAAGAAUGAAGAUGACAGUUCAAACAACUCGGGAUUGAAUCAAUUGUUGAGAAAGGCAACAUUUAGAGGAAGAUCCAAUGCAUCUCCAAAUAAUUCCAAUAACAGUUCGACAAACUCGAAUAGUACUGGAUCCAAUAGCAGUGGUGAUUCGAACAAGUCCAAAUAUCAUCAAUUGAAUCUUGUGCUUGGAAAGAAUCUUCAUUUUAUAUUUUUCUAUUUUGUUGAUUUGGAUGCAUUUCAUGGAAGUAUUGGUGUGAGUGGUGGAUUGAAACAAAAUUCUUCAUCUUCGACUCCUGUUCCACCUCCAAAGAGAGUGCUUUACGAUUUGGACGAGUGUGACAUUCCUAUUCGAGGAAUUUGUAAAGGAACUCAAUUUGAAUACAUUCUUUCCACAAGUACGAGUGGAGAACAGAAGGAAUGGAAAGAAAUUCUCACGAAUUGUCUCACUGAGGUGUGUAAUGUGAAAAAUUAUGUGAAGAGAGGACUCGUGUUGGAACAGCCAGCUGAUUUAUACAAACUCGGUAAAGAGAGAGCUGUCAUGCAAAGUCAAGCAAGUGACAAUCUCAAAUUCCAUCAACAAAUGGAACAGGAACAAAUGCUUUUACAAGUAAGAACAGCUCAAAUGGCAAACGAAAUUCAAGAGAAGAAGGAACUUUUAGCAAAAUUGCAACAAGAAAUUGCAGAUUUACAAGAAGAAAAACAAGAGAAAGAAAAGCGUUUGGAGUUCAUUAAGGAAGACAAGGUCCAAGUGCGUGAUCGAUUGAAUGCACUUUGGCAAGAAUUGGAACAAAAAGACAAGUCAGCACUCAAAUUAUUACAUGACGAGAAGGAAGCGUUUAAACAUAUUUUCGGUGUGGAGUAUGGACAGAAAUUGACUCUAACCAAUGCUGCUUCAACCACCUCCAAAGAUAACAAUGAAUUAUUGCAACAGCUCUUAAAGUCGAAGGAAAAGAUGGACAAGGAACAAAAGGGUGACAAGAAUGACAAAAACAAGUCUAACAACACUGCUGCUAAUAGUGCUUUAGAAAAGAAGUCGUCAUUCUUGAAGAGUCUCAUUGGUGACAAGACUCAAGCACGUAAGGUGACCAUUAAGCACACCCAGUUUAUUGAUAAUCAAAUUAAGGCAGCUCAGCAACAAGCUCAACAACAAAAUCAGCAAUAA